AUGCCAGCACGCCGUAGCCUACGCAUCGGAGGCGAGAGGCUCAGCAACAAGAAUGACGAGGUCGUGGCUUUCGGUCAUCAUCUGGGUCUACUAAACUUGAGAGCCGAGCGUGAAGCAAAGGUGGCUGAUGUCGAGACACGCCUCACAUUUUUCGACAUUCUGCCGGAGAUUCGCCUGAAUAUCUACCGACUAGCGCUUGAACCAGAGAAGCCACGAGAUCUACUAGUCCGGAUGAAAGCUCCGGUCCUGGCACAGGUGAGCAAGCAAGUACGCGCUGAAGCGCUCCCGGUGUUCUUCUCCGAAUGCCGCUUUACCAUCAGGCUCGACACCAAUGGUAAAGACAUCGAACCUUUGGACCGUUUAGUCUUGCAAGGCGUGCUCGCGAUCGAACAUGUGCCUACUAUAAGCUUGGCAGACGAGCCUGGAGAGCUUCGCACGCUGGAGUCGCGAUACUGCUGGCUGCUUGUCCAUACACGAAACGAGAUCGCAAGACUUCAUCAGACUUGGCUUUCCCGCAUUACGAGCAGUGAUGGAUUCACGCCCUCGUUCCGAAAACUAGACCUGAGUGUGUCUCAGAUUGGGAGGCAGAAUCGGUAUCGUCAGGUGAAUGCAACGCCACCUCUAUCGAUGACGGUUCAGCUGCGGGCUCCGGUGGCUACCCGCUCCUUCCCGUCAAUUACAGCCGAUCCUCGCCUCGAAGGCGCCCCCGAAGCAGCAUGUUCGUGUCUUAUAGAUCGCCUCACGGAAGCCAGCCACAAGAUCGCCGAGUCACGGGAGCGCUUCGUUGGCUUCACAGUGGCGGACCUUCUGAAGCUCAGCAUGGCAGUCAAAUACUGGCCGGGAAGGUAA